AUCUCAGUGGCUCUAUAGACUCACCAGAGGUUAAACUCAAUAUGGAUCCUGAAUUGGUAAAGGAUUCUUCAGCAACUGCAUUCUUGAGGAAAAGAGGGUAUGGAUGGCUUCUGGAAGUGGAGGACGAUGAUUCUGAGGACGCAAAGCCACUUCUAGAAGAGUUGGACAUAGAUCUGAAGGACAUUUACUACAAAAUCCGCUGCGUGUUGAUGCCAAUGCCAUCACUGGGGUUUAAUAGGCAGGUGGUGAGAGACAAUCCAGACUUCUGGGGGCCACUGGCUGUGGUUCUGUUCUUUUCAAUGAUCUCUUUAUAUGGACAAUUUCGAGUUGUUUCAUGGAUUAUAACAAUUUGGAUAUUUGGAUCGCUGACAAUCUUCUUAUUGGCCCGUGUACUUGGUGGUGAGGUUGCAUACGGUCAGGUUCUUGGUGUGAUCGGGUAUUCAUUACUCCCUUUAAUUGUAAUUGUUCCAGUCCUUUUGGUUGUUGGAUCAUUUGAGCUAUUGUCUACAGUUAUAAAGCUGUUCGGUGUGUUCUGGGCUGCAUAUAGUGCUGCUUCGCUGCUGGUUGGAGAAGAGUUCAAAACAAAGAAGCCUCUUCUGAUAUAUCCAAUAUUUCUUUUGUACAUUUACUUUUUGUCAUUGUAUACCGGUGUCUGAGUUUAAAGGGAUCUGGGACUGAUAUUCUUACUCGUUUUGCGGACUCUUUUCAAGAACUUCUGCAGACUCAACUAAGGAAACCAUGGUUGGAACAUAGGAUAGGCUCAGUGGCUGAAGAAAAUGUUUCUUCCCUCUUCUCUACCCUCCCCCAGACUUCCCAUGGUUAUUCUGGAGACUAAAAAUAUAGCUGUAUGAUUUAAACACUAGAAAAAAUCUACAAUGGUACAUAAUUCGUAUUUUUAACCUCUUCUGUGAAAAAAGACUCUAAAGAGAACUUCUUUGACAGGUUUCACAGAAUGGAUGGUAGUGGAACAGUGCUAAAUGCUCUGUGCCAAAGCUUUGCGAGAAAAUGACUAAUGACCAAUGAUAUGUAUUUAUGUCCAAUACAUAUUGGAUUUUUGGAACAAAUUGAAGAAAAUUCUAAAUGUUAAAACAUUGUUCUUUAAGAUCAUUGUACCUUUUAAGGUGUGCAAUUUUCUUAACUUGUGUUUUGGGGUUCUAAUAAAUGAGAUUGAUUCUG